UUCCCUCUCUUUCCUUGCCAAAAAUUCACAAUAACAAAGGCAGUGCGUUGCUCGCACAAACAAUUAGGUAGAAUCGCAAAGCAACAACAACAGCAACCACAAUUGACUUAAUCAAGUUCAAAGCGAACUGAGCGAAAAGGAGAGAAGGCAACGCACUCGUACUCUCUUCUAGCGGUCUCGCUCUCGCGCACUCACACAGGCGUGCGCUCAGCUGUACACGUAGCCUGUUUUCGUUUUUGUUUUUGUUUUUCCUCUUCCAUUUCUUUAUUUGUGUGUUUUGUUUGUCACAUAAUUGUGCAAUAGCAGUACGAGGAAAAUAAUUGUAUACCAAUAUUAAAAACGGUUUUCGAACUUAGCAACUAUUUUUGUUACACGUUGAAAACUAAGCUUGUGUUUCGUCUACCAGAGCAGUAAUAUUGUUUGUUGCUAUUGACCUUAGCUAGCAGUGACAAAGGCCGUAUUAUGUUCGAGGAUCGGCACUAGGCGAGAAGGAGCAAAACCAUGUUCUCAAUGAUCAACGGCCUGAGCGUCGGCGGUGGUCAGCAGGUAGCACAGGUAACGCCAGCAGGUGCAGCAAUCAAGUUGCACUUUGCCUACAACAACAGCAACAUCAACGGCAGCAGCAGCAGCAACAACAGCAACAACAACAUCUACAGUGGCCUUAAAACAGUGGAGCAAAAAAUGAGCAACAACAACAAAAAGACGGGCGAAGUGCUGAAAAUAAUCAAGAAGAUCCGGGAACAAAGUGGAGCGAUUGCACCAACAGGCGGUGGUCAGGAGCUGGGGAGCUUUACGGGGCUUUCAGCCGCAGCAGGAGCUCAUGCGAGGUCCGAUACACCACUGGCAACUGGGCUGAUCCAGGGCACGGGCGGUUCUGUGGGAUGUGCACCUGCCACAGGACCUUCACCAGCAGGCGAACCAGGGAUAACUGUCAUCAGCCGAGGGUCGAGUCGUGCUGUGGACUCUGCAAGUCCAAGGGAACUUCCUCCCGGGUCGACAGCAGGAGCUGCCGCAACUGGAGCUGGCCAAGGAGCUGGCAGUUUGGUGGACUACCGAAUAGUUGCUCCCGGAAAUAGUAUUUCUCAAUUUUUCAAAAGUUCAGCUGCAGUGUCUCCCUUGCUGGGAGUCCCCAUUGGCACUGGGGCUCUAAGGGCCGUUUACAAAGUAGCCGAUCCAGCCGCGAGUGUCCGGAAACGAUCAGGAAACUCAAUCUGUUCGGCAGGAGCGCCCAGUGGUGUUGCUGCGGUAAAAAGGGUUUCCCAAAUAGGAGCCAGCGGACUCCGCUGGCUGCCCAUGCCCACGCCCAGGGAAAAGCAAUCAAAUGCAGGGGGAACCGAAAUGAAAGCUUUAGAGAGAGGAGCAGAAGCACCUGGAUCACCAGGCGAAGCCGCCAAAAGUGCCUUAGUCAACCCUCAGCCGCAGCGCACAGAGGACCAAGAAAAUGCCUUUCGACGCAUCGAGGAUGUGCACAACUACGCCAAGCUGCAGGACUACAGCAGCGACACCGAGGACGAGGACGACGAGGAGGAGCUCGAUGAAGAGGAGGAGGACGAGGAGGAGGAGCAGGAGAUCCAGGUGGAGUUGCCGGUGCAGCAGGAAAUUACACGCAUUCGUCGCGAGGCCGACGAGGAGCACGUAGACGUGGAUGUUGUCACAGUGCCGCACCUGGAUCAGGAUCGCCAUCAACUGCAGCCGCAGCAGCUGCAGGAGGAUCAGCCGGCGGACAACGUCCGACCGGAGCACCAUGCCCGCCGCCCCAUGAACGCAUUCCUCAUCUUCUGCAAGCGACAUCGCGGCAUUGUCAAGGAGCGAUACAAGACCCUCGAGAACCGUGCCAUCACUAAGAUACUGGGCGACUGGUGGGCCGCACUCGACGAGCAAGAAAAGCACUGUUUUACGGAUCUUGCGCAGCAGAACAAGGACGCCUUCUUUAAUGCCAAUCCUAACUUUAAGUGGUACAAACUGCCCGCUCCGCCCCUGCGAACGCUGGCAACCCGUCCCAGCAAUGUGUCUACUGGUUUGUUCAUACCCAGCGAGGAGCAGCCACAGCAGCAGGUCCCGACCACCCUGCAACUGCAGUGGGCAGAGCGAAGCGAUAUGCCUCGUGCUCUGCUGCGCCGCAACUACUUUAAGCUGGCGGACGAAACGCAGAUGGGGGAGCUGAGCUCCCUCCUGCAAGUCCAAGUACAGGAGAAAGACUUCGCCCUACAGCAGGCGCUCAGCGAGACCAGUCAGUUUCUAUCCGCCCAUAUGCCAGGUGGCAAUCCAAAUGGCAAUGUCAAUAAGCGCACCUUGCCGGACAGCAACUCGAGCAAUUCCAGCGAGGAGGAGGCGGUCAGCGGUGGCUCUCCCAGCAAGAAGGCCAAAUCAUCACGCUCCUGCAAAGGCAAGAUAUACCAGGAGCUAGUCAACUCUGGACAACUCGCCGCCAUAGCUAAAAAGAGCAAGGCUCGCUCACCGCCAGCAGGAAACUUGGGUGGAAACUUUGUAGACCUUCCCCUAGACGCAGGUCCCAAUACGCCGCCCGUUUCGCCCCCGGAGCGCCAAAACAGAAGUUCGGAUUCCAAUCAGAAGCAUCCGCGGAGCGUUUCCGAGUCUAGCAACAGUGGUUUCUUCGAUCUCGAGGAGAAGAUCAAGGAGCUGCCGGCCCUCAGCUUGGAUGCGUAUCUGCAGCGCAAGCGAAGCACCAAAAAGAAGAAGAAGUUUAGUGGCAAUAAGAAGCAGAGGAAUUCAAACAGCACCAGCAGCGGAUCAGUGGUUUCCAAUACAGCAGCUGCAACGACAAAAGGAGCGGCCACUGCAGCCAGCGAGCAUAUGGUGAGGAUCAAGCAGCAGCAACAGCAAAUGCAGGCCGUGGGCAGCCAGCGGCGCAAGGCGCGCAAAGAAAGCAUCACGCGGCGCGAUGUCAGCGCCAUCGAGCAGGAAGUGGCCUCCAUUCUGCCACUGACCAUCAACGGCAGCUACUACUUCAACCAGAGUGAUGCGCCAAAGGCGGUGAAUGCCUCUGUAGCCUCGUCGUCGACCUCGCCACCACUGUCUUCGAACUCCUCGUCAUCGUCCUCGUCACUCUCCUCGCAGCCGGCCUUUGACGUGACCUCCUCUACCUCAGAUCUACUCAUUCUGGCCGAAGUGGCCGCCAACCGCACUGAAUUCACCAAGUCCAACUAGCGCCAGCCGCAUCACCAUCGCCACCAGCACCACUGGCUGUCCAGCAUGACCAAAUAGUUAGCCCAAAUCGCAAACUGCAGGAAUGUCGUAAUUUUACCAAUACUGUUCACGUAUAUCUCAUCCUCCUCUAAAUUCUGUUGACAUAAUUGAAAUAUCUCGUUUUUAAACCUUGCAAUAAGGAAAGUGCAUACCUUAAAAUCGAAUCAUAUCAACUGUUGCAGAGGGAAAGACCAACACUACUUUAUUUAUUUUUUAACAACUGUAAACUUUUUUUUAUUUUUAAAUGAUUUUUGGGUUAACGUUAUAAACAUAUUCCAAAUAUUUCAUUUCAAACCCCCUUCAACUUGGCUUAUAUAAUUUUUAAAUGCAUUUUCUCUAAACACUUUUUAAUGAAAAGAAUGUCAAUGCAAAGUGGUAUUUAGGCACCCUUCGAUACUUACAAUGCUUUAAGCUUUCUGCUGGUGGUGCCACAUGGAGAUGGAAAACAGACAUUCGUUGAUCUACAAUUUAGUCAAUAAUAUUAUGUAAAAACAGAAAAGCUGAAGGUAAUAUGAAAAAGAGUCGCGGAGGUAGCGAAUUAUGUAUUGUUUGUUAUGAUGGCGGCAGGAGAAAACCCGCGUCAGUUUCACACGCAUAUAUAUAUAUAUUUGGUAUUUAGAUAACUUGUUCUGUUUUUUUCUUGUUAAGUUUCUCUUUUUAUCGGGCCGCGUUCGCAUAAGCCGCAAAAUCAACAUCUGAACGCUCAUUAAAUGUUAAUUAUUAUUAUUUCUAAUAUGUAGUCGUAAUUUAUUGCUAUAUUUGUCAAAACGCAAACAAUGUGCAAAAAAUAUAUAUUCAUUUUAAAGUGGAAAA